GCUAUAAUUAUGCCACACUCUCUUCUAGCAAGGUCAGUUGGCCUUCGUCUAGUCCCGCCAUCAUCAACUGGCGAUUCACCAAUAACAAGUUAUGAAGUCACUUGCAGACCGUAUGCGGAGUACAGAUCAUAUGUGAAGGACACUGUACAGAGGUUUUCAGUGACCAGUGUCACUGUUACUGGUCUUCAACCAGCCACCAAGUACAGUUGCUGGUAUCGUGCAGAGAAUGCAGUUGGUCGCAGUGGUCCAAGUCCAAUUCUCAAGCUGACCACACCUGAGUCCCCCCCAGGAACACCGGAAAAUCUCUCUACAGUGUCUAGUUCAGCAGGGCAUGUCACCACAUUCUUCAAGCCAAUGUCACCAGCACUUUCCCAUGGAGUACUCACUGGAUAUCAAAUUACUUUCAAUGCCACUGAAUGUGUUACACAUCAGGACUGCCCAUGUCAGCAAUACAACUGCUCUCUACACGGAUCUGUCUCCUUCCAUGAAAGCUGGGUCAGCAACUCAAUCUCCUUGUCUGGUCUAAGAUACUUGACACAAUAUCAAAUUUCAGUUGCAGCUGUCAAUAGAGCUGGUUUGGGACAGAAAGCUUGGAUUGAAUUCAUGCCUGAGGAGUCAGCAUCAGGUCCUGUAAAUCGUGUGGUUGCCAUGGUGAUAUCCAGCUCUGCAGUGAAGACAAAAUGGGAAGCUCCCGACACAUCUCAUGGUACGUAUCCUAUCUUAUGUUUACGUUAA